AUCACGCCAGGGCCAGGCAUGCCAAGCGCCACAGGCUCUACUCCUACAUCAGGAGCCAUUCCCAACUCUAUCACGCUCGGCUCAGCGAUAAUAGCGCUAACGCCUGGUGUCUCCACCACCAUCGGACCCAGUUCCGACCAGACGUUGGUUGCCAUCACCACGAAUGCUGCUGGAAGUACCCUAGUGACUAUCAGUUCAAGCGGGGUCGCUGUCACCGCUACAGUAAGCGCCGUGCCAACUACCGUUACUCUGCCAAAGACGGGCUUCGAGGCAAGCAUUACCAAUGUUGCCCGUCCGGGAGUGGUCACUAGUAGUAGACCACUAAGCACUACUUCGAGUAAAGCUAUGGCUGUUGGCAACAAGAAGAGCGAAGUAGGCUGGUGGACGAGUGCCAUGCUGGGAGUCGUUGGUCUCGUCCUCGGAUUCUGA